CUCCCUUAGAAGCUACCACCUUACUUUCCUUACAAAACGUAGCGCAAGUAGAUCAAGAAAAAACUUCUCUAUCCUUUGCCGUUUCCCUGGGUAGCCCGCCACGAUGGCGGACGACUUCGAUGAUGCGGGAGGAAUGGAGGAGCAUAUGGAUAUGGGUGAAGAGCCGGCGCUGGAUGACUUUGGAGCUGAGGCGCCAGAAGCAGAGGAACACGUUGACAUUAUUGAAAACCAGGAGCAGCAUGAACAGGGGCAUAUGCCACGGCAGCGAAUUACUACUCGAUACAUGACAAAAUACGAGAAGGCGCGAGUAUUGGGCACGCGAGCAUUGCAAAUAAGCAUGAACGCCCCCGUGAUGGUGGAACUGUCCGGGGAGACGGACCCGCUGGAGAUCGCCAUGAAGGAGCUGCGCGAGAAGAAGGUGCCGUUCACCAUCCGGCGGUACCUGCCCGAUGGAAGCUACGAGGACUGGAGCAUCAGCGAGCUGGUGGUGCCGGAUUGAGCAGCAACAGGCCGGGGUGGAUCGAGGGUUGGUGGAUGGUAAAGGAGAGCCCUGUGGGUUGGGGGUUGGGGCCCUAGACGUGGCGCCCGCCUGCGCGGGCCGCCUAUCUUGCGGAGCCGGUGGCUGAGAGGGCUGCGUAGGGAAAGCCCUGCCUUGCCUGUCGAAGCUUGAUCGGGGAAGGCGAGCAGGGCAACAGGGAGGAGUGUGCGCUGGGGUUCAGGAGGUGUGGGUUGGCAAGUCCAGCAAAGCCUCUGGGGAGUAGGACGGGGUGCCGAGGGCUGUGCGCGCAGGCUGAACCCCGGGACCAGGUAGAGGUGUUGAGGGAGUGGGGGAGGAGGGGGGUGCGGCGCAAAACCUGCGGAGCUGCAGUGUUGUCCUCGAGCGCUUGACUCGUUUGCUGGCCCCUGGAGAGGCGUGGGUGAAGGGGAGGGGUCAACCACUCCUUGGUUCCUCACACGGUGGAUAAAGAAUGGACCGGUGUCAUUUGUAUUGCGCGAGACGUGACGCGGCGGCACCUACUGGUGCCUUAAGACGUGAUAAAGGCGACUGCUUUGUCGCAGAAGGACGCGUGUUAUGUCUUCUGUGGCGAUAACUUUCCUAUUGCGUGUACGGCAGCGCGCCUCUGUGACACAGGCAUUCGGCUUGUGUGCGCUUUUGUUAUGGCCCAUGUGUCCUUUAACGCGUGGCGUGGCACAACCUCUGCCU